UCAACUCCCCCACUGCCUAACCAAUCCAGUCCACUACACCACUUCACAGCACUCGCCAACAACCUGCUUGCUCGUCCACGACGACAAACACUAGCACCCGGCAUGUCACUAUCCGCCCUCGACCUGCUCAACCACGACCACAACCGCCAAAAACCAAGGUCGAGAGCCCAGGAAUAAACUUUCUUUGUCCCGUAAACCAGCAGAAAAACGGCGCCGCGUCGAGACCACCCACCUAACCAGAACCAACUCCCGCCUCACUCCCAAGCCCAGCCAGCACCACACGCGGCCACCAAGAUCGGCACCUCCAGCGCCUGUUCCUCGCACAGACAGUCCGCGACCGAUAAAAACCGUUAGUCUACUCAUUCGACAAAACCGUUAGUUUAUUCCCUUUGGCCAUCACCCCCCCAAACCAGUCACACUAUCUGCUGCACACACCACUCGGCGUCCCAAACCGCGAUUAUGGCGUCAAUUCGCACCUUUACCCUCCCGCACUACGAAGCCUAUCCCGUCCACGUAGCCGUUUUCAAACAUGUCAAAAACGCUGCCUUUUUGAGGAGUCAACUGCUGGCCGCGAACCCGGAGUUCGACUAUGCGUUUCUCGACGCGUCGAUGAUCCUAUCCCCAACCCACCUCCAAACCGCCCUCUUCACAACCCUCCACCACCUCCUCACCCACCGCCUAAAAACCCACACCCCCCACUCGGAGCUCGUCUUCCGCCUCUCCCCCACAAACAACAUCGGGGACUCGUACCGCGUCUUCGGCAUAGCGGAUACGUCGACGCACAUCAUUGCCGUGAAGCUGUGUGUGCGGGGGGAUGGGAGUGUGGAUGAGGGGGUGACGGCGGGGGGAGUGGGCGCGCAUUUGGGGCGUGUGGUGGAGGGGGAGAGUGUUGCAGUGGGCGAAGAGGGGAGGGAGUUGGGGGAGGGGUGUGAUUUGGGGAGGGUGGGGAAGGUGUAUAAACUCGGUAUGGGUAAGGGGGUGGGGGAUGGGGAAAGGAGGAGGGAGAUGGAGGGCGUGGUUUUGGGGAUGAUUGCUUUGAAGGGGACGUGA